UAACCUCUGUUCUUAGCCUCAGGUGGAAUAGCUUGGCUAGCACCUUCCCUCUGAUCCGCCCCUGGGUGGAGCCUUCUGGCUCAUGUUGUCGUUCCCCCAGCUGUUUUCUAUGGCGUAAUCAAGAGCUUGGCUGUUGGGUGCCACAGUUCUCAGAUUGUCCUCACAUGGUGACCGUCAGGCUUCCUUGGUUUUGAGUAAUUUCCUGCACUUACCUUGUGUAACCUGUAUUUUCUGCUCCUCCUCUAGCUGCCAGGAAACCUUUGAACUCCAAGUCAAACACUCCUGUGGACUGUGAGCACCUCCAGGCAGUUUUUCUUAUUUACUACCUGCAAGUGGAAUGACUUACAAGGUCUCCGCCUGCGUCCUUUUGGCCAAGUACUCCUUUUGAGCUCCCCCAUGCCAUCUUUUUAUGUUAGACUGUUACAAUCAAUUACAAAUACAGCAAUACUCAUUCCCACUUACCUGGUACUCCACUAAUACUCUGCUGUCUGACAGAGCUCCCAGUAGCAUGGCUGUUAACUCAGUUAAGCAACUAGUCACUUACAAGAACCUGCUUUUCCGUUUUCUAAUGAAGAAAUGCAAACAUCUGCUUGACUCUGCUCACGGAGUCGAGUUUAUACCACACUAUCUUUUUUUGGAGUUGUUGUACUGGUGUUGUACUUUUGCCCAUUUGUCAGAAAGCUCGGGAUGCAAACCAUCCUCCAUGAGUGGAAAGGCUGGAGUGCUCAAAUGGUGCACAGUUGUUUUGGUGACUCAAAUCCUUCCUGUUGAUUCAGCUCUGACAGCUUUGUAAAAGAAGACUGCUCUGCUGAACUAAGCUGGUGACCAAAAACAUGUUUAACACAGGAGUUUCGACCUAUCUGUGCUUGUUUUUUGCCUGCUGCCUCUGCUGCAGCAGAGCUAUGCCGACUAAACUCAACAACGAGGCUGUGAAUGACAGAUCUGUGAUAGGUGUUUUAACUCAGGUUGUUACAGAUGAAAUUAUGAAACCAUUUGGGAGGACUUACAUACCUUCCUCUUACGUGAAAUACAUCGAGUCUGGGGGCAGCAGAGUGAUGCCUAUAAGAUUAACUUUGACUACAUCUGAAUAUGAGAACAUUUUCAUGAAGAUAAACGGGUUGAUUUUCAUUGGGGGAGAUGCAGAUUUGGAGACUUCAGACUUUGCCCGGGUGGCGAAGAUUUUUUACAGGCUCGCUCUGGCGGCUAAUGAUGCCGGGGACUACUUCCCUAUUUGGGGCACAUGCAUGGGAAUGCAGCUACUCACUGUGCUGGUGGCUGGUGAAAAUCUCCUGACAAAAACCCCAGCUGAGAACUUAGCAUUGCCCCUCAACUUAACCACAGAAGUGCAGUCCAGCCGGAUGUUCAAUACUUUCCCAGAUGAGCUCAUCAAUGCUUUGACCCAGGAACCUCUGACUGGCAAUUUUCACAACUAUGGAAUUACAAUAAAGGACUUCCAGGAAAAUGAGAUGCUACAGAGUUUCUUCACCAUCUUGUCAACAAACAUCGCUAAGAACGGAGCUCACUUUGUGUCAACUUUCGAAGGUAAAAGAUAUCCUUUCUACGGAGUUCAGUGGCACCCGGAGGUGAAUCGUUUUCAGUGGUACAGAAAGCUGAACUUCCCUCACUCCCGUCACGCUGUGCAGUUAUCGUCGCUGCUAGCUGAAUUUUUUGUCAAUGAAGCAAGGAGAAGUUUACAUCACUUUGACAGUCCUGCAGAAGAGGAAUCCUCACUGAUUUACAGCUACUCACCUGUCUAUGUCGCAAACAUCACAGCAUAUGAGCAGGCCUACUUCUUCUGAGCUACUCCUGCAGCUGAAUGGAUCUCUGCACAUGUAAAUGUUUAUAUGCUCUAGUGUCUGUAGUACGCUCGUAAAGUCUGCUGGUGCAGAAAGUGCUGUUUAAACCUUUGUGCUGAUCCAGAGUAUAUUUGUAUUUCACUAAGGAAGUAUUUUUGCUGGCAAUUAUGGCAUUACCGACCCAGAACUAUUACUUUAAUGGCAAAAAUAACACAUUAAUGUGGUCGUUUAUCAUAGUGAAGUGUGACUGUGUUUGAAGUAGACAUCAGGAUAGAUUUUAGGAGAACUAGGUCCACGUCUUUUGCACUUGGUUGUCAUUUAAUAAACAAUUUUUUAAUGUGUGUGGCGUUUUU